AUGUACAUAUCACGGGCUGGGCGACGUGGGAUAACACAGCCAAGAAACGCCGGCGGGAGAGCCAGAGCCGGUGGGAGCCGCGGGGCAGCCCCCGCCUCCGUCCCACCGCCGCCCCGGGCAGCCGGCAGGGGCUGGAGGAGCGAAGGAGUUAAAGGGAGGCGCUUGGGAAAUCUGAUGCUAACGAAGCCCCAGGAAUGUUGCCCAUUUCCAUUCCCCUCCAGCUUUCGGAGGAGGCUGGUCCCCGCUGCGGGCAGCCGCUCCGAGGAGCACAGCCCCGAGGCCGCGCUUGCUCCGGGCGCCGCCCCGCACCUUCCCGCAGGUUACGCCGGGGAGGGACGGGACGGGACGCGGGUGAAAAGUUUUUCCCGGAUUUGGGAUGCUGCAAAACGGAGGGAGAGAGGGGCGCGGCCAGAGAUGCCGGCGAGACGGCUGUGGUGGGCGCGCUGCUGGCUGGGCGUCUGCCUGUCGCUGCUGGGCGCGGGGGGCGGCUCGGCCGAGCCCUGCCGCGGAGCCCCGUGCGAGGGCGGCUCCGCGCCCCCGCCGCCCUGCCGCGGACCCCGCUGCGGCGGCCGGGCCGGGCGCCCGGCGCGCUCCUUCCUGCACAGCGCCGCGCCGCUGCGGCCGCCGCACGGCAAGGCAGCGCCCGCCGCCCCGCUGCCCGCCUGCCCCGGCGGGGACUGCGCCGCCAACGCCACCCGCCGCGACUGCCAGGGCCUGGAGUGCCGCCUGCUGCCGCUCCGCCCGCGCCCGCGGCCCCGCGGCCCGGGCUGCGCCGCCCCCGCCGAGGGCUGCCCCGAGCCCGCCCUGCUGCGCGCCGCCGACACAGCCGCCCAGUUCGCGGGGGACGAGAUUGCCCACGCCGCUCCCGAGCGAGGCGGCGGCGCCGCGGGGGUGCAGCUCACCUGCGACGUCAAGCCAGGUGCGGGGCGGCGCGAGGGGCCCCGGGGGCGGGAGGGCGCACCCCGCACCAUCACCGCCCGUCCGUGGCACGCAGGGCUCCUGCAGCCCGCCGGGGCUCAGUGCGGUCACGGAGAGCCGCAGCCAGAGGGUGCUGGGUCUUCUCGAGCCGGGCAGGUGUCUGCUGGUCCAAGGGCUUCAGCACCUCUGAGAGCCCGCACGCAGGGGCACCUGAGCGACUGCAUGAGAGCUCCUUGUUUUGGGAGAGUUAGGAAGAAAAUCUGGCACUGGUCUUCAUACCGAGAAAAUGAAGUUCCAUCUGAAGAUGCCCUAAUACUACAACUGCACCUUGCAAAAGGGCACGAGAAAUUCACAGAAAUGCUAAAAAGCCAACAGCAGAUCAUUGCUGAUUUGCAGCAAAAACUUGCUGAACAGCAGCACGUGUUGGUUAGCCAGCAACGAGAGAUUCUUGAACAGCAAAGGAAAAUGUAUGAGCAAAUGGAUCUGAUCAAAGUCCAGUAUGGCAUGCUUUUUGAUACAGUGAAACAAAUGUCAUUUCAGAGUUUGCAAGAAGAUAUUCAAAAUUAUUUUGAAAGUCAUCUUCAUGGACUUCAGAACCAGGUCAGAAAUCAUCUCCAGAAGUCAUACUCUGUGCACAAAGUAGAAGUGGAUGCAAAAGUGAUUAAUGUUGGGGAAUCUUUGCUGGACUGUGGCCUUUGUGAAAGUGAUGAAUUUUGCAAUUUCCAAAAGACACCUUCACAAUGUGAAAAAUGCACAUUGUGUCCUGCUGGUUUUUUCCAAAUGGCCGAGUGUUCUGCAAACUCUGAUCGGAUUUGCCAGGACAGAGAUGAGUGCACUGAAUCUCCAAGCAUUUGUGGUGAGAGGAUAAAAUGCCUCAAUACUCCAGGUGGUUUCCGGUGCCUUGGAAUUACUGAGAAAGAUGCAGCUUUGGGAAUGUGUGGAGAGGAACAUUUCUUCAAUAAGGAAAUGCAGGAAUGCCAAGCAUGUUUAAAGUGUGAAGAUGGAAUGGUGGCCAUGCCUUGUUCCACUGUCAGUGACACAGUUUGUUCAGCAGCCACUGAAAACAAACUCUCAGAGUCCUGGGCUGCAAACAUCGUUCUACCCUCCAUAAAGUCUGGCAUCUCUCAGGUCUACUCGGGCUUGAACUUGGAGAUAAAGGAAAAGCUUCCCUGUGAUAUCCUGUCCACUGAUGACAGCAGCCUGGUAUUCAAGCAACAUGGUCUAUUGUGGACUGACCUCAAUUUUGCAGUAAAGCACAACUGCAGGAAUUUUUUGCAACUUUCCUUAAAGCUUAAUGGCAGCGAGGAAGACUAUGAACUGAGUGGUGUUCGGAUUGAGCAGCCAGAAGGAAAGUAUUUCCAGAGCACUAGUUUAAGCAGUGUUGCUGAAGUAGAGCCCAGUCAAACUCUUUCUGUGUAUUUGAGGAGCCCUAAUCAAUUCUGCAAUCAAAGCAAGGACUUAAAUAUUUAUGAUCUUACUACCCCACUGAGUUUAUUUUGGUUGUCCCACGACACAGGUGCUGUGGCACUCAGUGCACAGAUGUCAACAGCGAUGCAUUACCAAACCAACUAUCGACCUACCUUUAAAAUAAUUUCUGUUUCUGACCCUUAUAUGCUAAGUUUAUCUCAUGAUGGCAGAGCUAUAAAGUUCACUGAAACUGGUGUUGUCAAAUUUGUGUUUCAUCAAGCAUUGUAUUCCAUGGGUCAUACGUGUGUCCGGGAGGGCUUCUCCCUAAUUUCUUAUAUCAAUAGGAAUGGUACCAACAGAGAACUGAUGAAUGUAUUUAAAUCUGGGGUAAAUUACAGAGACACAUCUAUAUCUGCUUCUGGAGCCACAAAGGUUGGUGCUGGAGAUCUGGUUAGCUUUGAGAUACUUUCUCCUGCACAGUGUAAUGUUCGCUAUUUUGGAGAUAGUUCUGGAAUUAGUAUGUUUAGCCUUAUCUGGAUCCCUUCAGCGGUUUCUAGUGCCAUAUCAGCCACAGUUUCUGUUACAGGUCUGCCUACUGGAGCAGUGAGAAACAAACUACUGGAUUUCACCCAGCUCUCAUCCAAUGAGAAACAGAUACAGCUGGUUUCUUCUGGACAGCUUGCUCAGAAGUAUUUUAUUUUUACUGAAAAGGGAGUUGCCAGCAUUGCAUUUAACUUAAAGCUAAUCCAUUCCUGCAAUGUGCUCAAAGUGACUCUCAAUCAGUUGACCAUGGAUCACAUGCAACCCACAGCAGUUGCUCAGCAGAUUGGAGGUCAGAUGCCAGAGGGAAGCAUAUGGACCAGUGUGUCCCUCCGUGCAUCUUUUGAAGUACACAAUGGAACAUUGAUAUCAGUUUCUCUUGACUGUGUGCGUGGAAGGAUCAAUCAGAUCACUCAUGAACAUGGAACCAGUAUAUCUAUUUUAUGGAUUUCAGCUUAAUUUCUGCACAGCAAAGUUAGCAUGGAAUUGGGGUUUCAAUUGCAUUUGGAUUCUACUCUGAUUCUAUACAUAUUUGACACUCUACUGUGUUGACUUGAGCAGAUCAUCCCACAAAAUGCUCUCAAUUUUAAGAAAAUUUAAAUAUAAUUUUAACUGAAUGGUUACUAUUUAAAGAAAACAAGAGCUUUCAGUCAAGAUUUUAAUUCUCUUACCAUCUUCAGACAGAGGAAUGUAGAAUUCAGAUCAUAUUGCCUUAUUUUAAUAAAGCAGUCUCUUAAAAUUGAUUAUUUUUGGACCACAAAAAAUUGCAGUUGAGGGUAAAUAGCAUUUAGUACUGUAACUGAAAGCAGCAUGGCAAA